AUGACUCAAAUCAUCUCCUAAGGCAGAGUGAAGAAGCAGUAGAAAAUGAUGUCUAAAAUAGAGGAUGCCUAUCUUAAUCAGAAAUCUCAAAAUAAAGGUAAACUCAAAUCUAGAGACUAUAAUGCCACUACAACAAACAUAAAAUCUCAAUGGCAAAAACUUCCAGAGUUUUAUAAAAAUCUAGAAAACUUAAAAAGCCCUCUAGGUGUUUAGAAUACCACAUCUCUGAAAUCAGCUCAAUCUGAAUAUAGGAAUCAUUAAGAUGUUUAUUAGUUGAGGAAAAAUUUUACAAAACCCUUUGAUUUGAAAAUGAGGCCACUUAUGACUCAUGUAUAUAUUCACGAUUUACAAACCUCAAAAUACCCCUAAAUUAUCAAUAAAACUAAUUAACUCUAGCCUUUGGGGAAGAACACAAAGAGCUAUAAGUUUCAAAUAAUGCCAGGUAAUAAUUCUUAGCUUGUAAGGAAAGUUAUUUUAGCAACAGAAAGAUCUUAGUACUGGCAAGAACUUCCAAAUAUUACUUAGGGUCAUUUUCAUUUUAGAUGGGCACCUGUUUCUAAAUAAGUAAAUUUUGAGAGGCUUAGUUUUAACUUUACUUAAAUGACCAAUCAUUUAGAGGGUCAUAAUGAAAUUUCUAAAAAGCAUGAGCUCUUUAAAAAUUUGAAAUAUCACUUAGAGAUAAACAUGGAAAAACCAAUUUACAGCUUAAAAUAGCAACUUCAAUAAUUUAAGAAUAUUUUUUUUCUUAUGGAAGAAUUCAAGACCAAAUUCGAUAGUGAUAUCACUGAUCCCGUUCAAUUGGCUAGUUAUUAGAAUAUAAUAUAGCAGAAGCAAGUCACAUUUAUUUCAAAGAAAAAAGAUAUUUAAAAGCAAGGUGCAUAUUUCGGAUAGUUAUUGUAGCAACCAUCAACUGCACAAAUAUUAAAAUCAUCACAAAAAUCAGAUCAUAUUAUGCCAUUAUGUCAUUUUAAAGGCAAAAAUGUAUGGAUUCUAAAGCCAACAAGUUUAAAUAGAGGAAAAGGAAUACAUGUCAUUAGCAGCUUUAAGAAACUUAAAAAAUUAAUUAGGGAUUAUUGUUAGAAUGAGAAUAGAGGACCUAUAUUAAAACAUAGCAGUUUUAUAAUUCAGAAAUAUAUUGAAGAUCCUUUCCUCAUCAACAAACGGAAAUUCGAUAUCAGAGUUUGGGUUUUAAUAAACUAGGAAUAGGAAGUUUAUUUCUUCAGGAGAUAUAUAGCUGAUAACAAACUUAAAUGCGAUUUUGAUUAAGAUAUCUUACCUAAGAUGAAAUAUUAUGCUGCCUUGUCCAUUGAAUCUGCAAAACGAAAAUUAAACUCUAGCAAGAGAAAAUAAUGUUUUGAAAUAUUUGGAUAUGAUUAUAUUAUCGACAAAGAUUUCAACGUUUGGCUUAUUGAAGCUAAUACUAAUCCUUGCAUUGAAGAAAGUUCAUCAAUUCUAAAAGUCUUGAUUCCAAGAAUGUUAAAUGAUGCUCUGAAGCUUACAAUCGAUUAAGUGUUUCCAACACUUAAUAAAAAUCUAGAUGAUCAAGUUACUUCUAACGGUCUUGAAUUGAGAACAGAGAGCUUAAAGCAGAAAAUAGUUCAUUAGAGUAUUGACAUGAAUAAUUUAGGACAUAUCGAUGGAAUUAAUAAUUAUGACAUUAAGAAUUUGAUAUAAAGUAAAAAGUAGUUGAAGAAACAGCAGGUAUCAAAUGGAUAGAUUGAUAUUAACAGAAAAUUCGAGACUUUUAGUGUGCCUGGAUAUCCUGAUCAAAUAAAUAUGUGGUAAAUUUCAAUGCAUAAAACUAGUUUUAUAUAGGGAGAAGAUAUCUUCAAUAAAGUAGAUUGGUAAUGA